AUGGCGUUGAUUAUAAGAGGUGGAGAGCAAAGAGAUUUUGCUGAAGACGGGCAAGAUCAAGACGAGUUCCACAUUGACAAGCUUGCUCAAGAUUCUUACCCAGAAAAUGACGACGAGAAAGAAGGUCGUCCUCGUGGUACGGAUAGAGUAUUUAGUGACAUCGGCUGUGGUGAUGGAACGAUGUGGGAAGAUAAAUCCUUCUACAAUGGAAUCGCCUUCAAGGAUUGUGUGUUGGAUUAUGCACUGCACACGGGAUACAACCUGAAGCAGUACAUGUAUGAUAAAGAUAAGCUUUUGUUUAGAUGUGUUGGGGAAAAGGGAAAAUGUGAAUGGAAAGUGGAAUCGGUUAGCAAUUCUGCAGUGGCUGUUGGAACUAAGAGAGAAAACAAAAUUCUGUAA